CACUGACGCCCCAAACUUGGGGGUCUGCCAACGACCCACCAAACACAAGCCCUCUCGUUCGCCAAAGCCCCGUCAGAUAGAAACGCAUGGUGGUAGAAAGGGAGAAGCAGCAAUGCACCGUCCUCGCCCUGAACCGAAGUACAGCUUUACGAUACCGAGUGUGCAUGACGAUACUAGGCUUGACUGUCGGAUCUAUCAUCCUGGAUCGUUGGAGGAGGGAUUGCAAGAUGCGGAUCGGUCUAUGUCAUUGCCGUCUGGUGUAGAGGAUGCCGGAAAGCUGGGAAUUGGUGUUGGCGAGGCUGAGUUGGGUGAGCACGCCAGCACGCGCAAUACGAAGUGGAGGAGGAGAGGCAUCGUAGUGGCGCAUCCGUAUGCUCCCCUCGGAGGUAGCUACGAUGAUCGCGUGGUAGGCAUCGUGGUGGAGGAGUUCGUUCGAAUGGGUUGGAUUGUAGGGACUUUUUGUUUCCGAGGCGCACACGAGUCCCAGGGCCGCACAAGCUGGACAGGCAGACCCGAAGUGCGUGAUUACAUUUCGUUUACAGGCUGCUUCAUGCUCUACCUGUCAUUCCUCCACCCGUGUCCCUCGUCAUCGCUUCUCUAUUCCCCAUCGCCACUUCAGGCUCCCUCGUCCAGCACCUCCAACGACUCCACGAUCAUCCUCUCCGGCUACUCCCACGGCAGCCUAAUCCUCCAACACCUUCCCCAUGUUCCCUCCAUCCUCCAACACUUCGUCUCUCCUGUACAAGGCUCCGCAGCAAGCGAAAUCGUGCUUCGAGCAAAACGGCUAGCCGAGCAAACGAAUACAGAAUGGAAGGCUCUAACUCUAGCUCGGGCAAAGGAACGGGAGGAGGAACAGGAACGGGGUCGCGAAGCCAUAGCGAAGACGCACGCACACGAUAGAAAUCGAUUAUGCGUUACCAUGGGCGGAGAGGAAACGGCCCCAGAGGUGCGCAGGAGUAGUCGGGAGAUCCGGCGAAGUAUAGAGGGCCGGCGCAGUCUGGAACUAGGCAGUCGACUACGGGGACUGAGUUUCGGCAGGAAGGGGUUGCAUGAUGCUCGAAAAGGGAUAGAAGUCGAAGGUGGAGAAGAAGACGACGGAGCAGGACCUGACCCCAGCGAAACGCAACAGAGUGCUUCGUCCUCGAAGAACACCACGUCCAUCCCGACCCCUUCACACAUCUACUACCUACUCAUCUCCCCCCUCACACCGCCUCUGUCCUAUUUCCUCGCCCCGGGCCUCCACUCCCUACCCUUCUGGCCGCGCCGCGAUAAUGGCAAAUCCCAUCGAGCUGAAUCCCUCAUGCAGCACGACUCACUGGUCCUAUUCGGCGACCAGGAUGUUUUCUCUUCCGCCAAGAGGAUACGCGCGUGGGUGGAGCGGUUGCGUGAGGGAGGCGGGAAGGUGGAGGCCGUCGAGGUUAAUGGGGCAGGGCAUUUCUGGGUUGGGGAGCAGGUCGAGGCGGCGUUGAGGGGAGAGAUUAGGAGAUGGGGGAGUGCGGUCUAGGAAGGCUGCUGGGGCUGUGGCGAGAAUAGAUACAGGCUCGGACGAAAGCGUGGUAUAGAGCCUUGAUGCACAGGACAACUGCACUUGAGUCUUCUUGCAUUCCCUGCCUCAUUCUUUAGCUCUGAGCCUAGCGUAUGGAAAUGCACUGGCUCAUAGCCGACGAAUCAUCUACCGGCCAGACGCGGCAUCAUGUUAACAAAAAAGGUCGAGGCAAAAUGAAUCGAGUACGUGAGCUUCCAGCCCUGUCGGAUUAGUGCAGUAGAACCACAAUUGUGCCAGAAGCUUUCACACUUGCUUUUGGUCCCUACUC